UGUUUAGUGGUUAAAGAUGGCUGAAGCUCCUCCAUGGCCCAGCCGGUUCUUCUGUCACAGAUGCUCCGCAGAGAUUAGUCCUCGGCUUCCCGAGUAUACAUGUCCGAGAUGUGACUCAGGGUUUAUUGAGGAGCUACUGGAGGAGAGAAGUGCCGACAAUGGCUCCAUGUCUACCAUCUCCAGCGGGCCCCAGAACCAGCAACCAUUUGAGAAUCCGGACCAGCACUUGUUUACAUUCCCGUCUGGCUACGGCCAGUUUUCCCUGGGCGUCUUUGACGACCGCUUCGACUUCGGGGCUGGUCUGGGAACAGAGGAUAACAGGGAUGCUGAAAAUAGGCGAGAAAGGGAAACGGCAUCACGGCAGCGAUACGGUGCCAGGCAACCGAGAAGUCGUCAUGGUUCGAGGCGACAAGCAGGGAGGCAUGAGGGAGUUCCUACUCUAGAGGGAAUCAUUCAGCAGCUAGUGAAUGGAAUAAUUGCACCCACUGCAAUGCCAAAUAUCGGUGUUGGACCCUGGGGCGUUCUUCACUCAAAUCCUAUGGAUUAUGCCUGGGGAGCUAACGGACUAGAUGCAAUUAUAACUCAGUUAUUAAACCAGUUUGAGAACACGGGACCUCCGCCUGCCGAUAGGGAUAAAAUAAAAACUCUUCCUACAGUACAAGUUACACACGAGCACGUUGCUUCAGGACUGGAAUGUCCAGUGUGUAAAGAAGAUUACAGUGUCGGAGAAAAUGUGAGGCAGCUGCCGUGCAAUCACAUGUUCCACAAUGAUUGCAUAGUCCCCUGGCUGGAGCAGCAUGACACUUGUCCAGUGUGCAGGAAAAGCUUGUGUGGACAGAACACGGCAACGAACCCUCCAGAACUAUCAGGGAUGAACUUUACCUCCUCCUCUUCCUCUUCCUCGGCCUCCUCAUCUUCCUCGACCCCUCAGUCCUCAAGUUCGGCCAGCAAUGAGAACUCCACUGACAACUCUUAGAGGGCCGUUUGUCCUCGUCGCCCUGCGAGCCGUUUGCAGCUCGUAGGGCUGCUGUUCUUUGGGGCGGUGACCUCCAGUCUCUCCCUGCUGUAGGGCAGAGACCCGAGUGCAUCUCGACCAGGAGCACUCAAGCCUGAUUCGGGGGGCAAGUGAUACGCGAGGUCCAUGUUUUUCUGCCCGUCCUGUUGCUCCCAUCUUCGUCAGGGAUCCGAACAAAGGAAGGGCGGAGGCCUGGAGUGCAGCUUCUGUCAGGGAGGGUGUCGAGAAGCAUGGAGACUUCCAGAGACUCGAUCUGCCUGAAUCACCUCACGGAGGAAGAGAGAACAAAAAGAAUCCAAAGGUAAAAGUCUCGGGACAACAAGACAGUCGCUGUUCUUUCUUUUUUUAUCUCCAGACUGUGUGAAAUAUGAAAUGACCCACUUUUGCUAAUGAAGCAAAAAGAACUGUACAUUUAUUCCUUUUUAUAAGUAGUAUUCAUAUCUCACAGAUAACAUGACCCAAAGUGCACUGUAGUGCACUGUUAAAAGCGUGCACUUAAGGUUCUUCUUCUUGGUAUAGAAUGAUACUACAUUUUGAUUCUUUUAUUGUUUAACUUACAGAUUACCUGACACCACACAGGUACAGAUGUUUGCACUUGAAAUGAUGCGGUAAACUGCAGUAAUUCUGUGCUGUUUGGAUAAUGAUGCGGAUAGCAUCACUAAAUUGCACACAUGGAUUUUAUUUUGUUAUCUGCAAGUCUGAAACACUCAGGCACUUGUAAGAGCUUUUUUGGGGAUUUUAACGUAAAGGUAAAUGACAUAUUUUCUGAAGUUGCUAGUUGACUAUUGAUUUGCAGUACGAUUGUGUCAAAAAAGUGAUCUGAAAAUAAAGCUUUUUUUGGGUGAGACCACUCAAAAUUCAUGUUAAAGUGUGUGUGUGUGUGUGUGUGUGUGUGUGUGUGUGUGUGUGUGUGUGUGUGUGUGUGUGUGUGUGUGAGAGAGAGAGAUACUCUUAAGCUCUAAUCGUGAGCAGCAGUAGUCAUAAAAUGUACUGAAAGACAUCUGUUUGCUGCACUCAGUGUGUGAUGCUGUGGUUAGACACUAGAUGGGAGUGCAGUAAAAAAAAAAAAGGACUUUUCCUAAAAUCUGGGAAUUGGUGCGGCAAAUCAGCUAAUAGCCACUUGUUUGUCCCAAUAUUUAAAUAGAAAUAGUAAACAUGUUUUGGGGCAAACAGGCAAAAUAUGAGCUGUGCUGUUUUGUGUUCCCCAUGCUGAAUUAUUUGUCCCUUUAGUGACGUCUUGCAGACUCUUAGAACAACCAGAGAACAAUAACAUCGAGUGAUUUCAAAGCAUAAUACGGUUUUCAGAUUUCAAAGUAAGCCCUUGGUCCAAAGGCACGUAUAUAGUAAACAGACUCUAUGAAGUCUUUCAGUGGGGUGUUUUCCUAUUAAAUGUUAUCAAAUAGCAAAUAAACUCAGCUUCCUCUCAUUGUGUAGCCAUGCAGACACAUUUGUGCCUCUCUUCUCUGGGGUUUAGGCUCAAAGGCCUUUAAUCUGAGGGGGUUGUUAUGAACAGAACAUUGGUCUCACUAUCAGUCAAGUGGACACACUUGACUUAUAGUUAUGAGUUUGACUUUACAAUGUGAAAUAGCUGAUUCAUAUUCUCAGUUUAUUGUUACCUUUGCCUUUUUAAAUAUGUACCUUGAGAUAUGGCAAUCUGUUUUAAUAUUGAGUUACUACAGAUUCAAAGUGUAGACCUACAAGUUUAAACCUGUGAAGGUGUAGGUAGCAUCCUUUUUCUUUUAGUGUUGCAACCUGAAUUUAAAAAGGAUUUAGAUGUCGUGAACCUACACAAAAUAACUUGUGACAGUGCACUUUCAGAAGCAUCGGCAUGACACAUCUGAGGAUUUUCUAUUUUUUAAACUUUUUAUUGGUGGAUUACAGUACAUACCGGUAUAACAUUUACAUACGUUUACAUACCACCAAAUUUUGUUUUACUUUGACAAUAGCAUCCCUACUCUACUAAAAACAACACAAGCAAAAAAACAAGGAUAAUUUCCUGUACAUUUACUCGGGCUUGUUCGAGUUGAUGUGAACUUGAUGUGAAUUUUAAGGACUGAAGUCUGACCACCGACGGACUUUCAAGUUGUCUUUAGACAAGCCUUUAUUGCAACGACCCGCACAAAAAGACAUCUAGCAUCACACAUUUUUUGCCAAUAUUUAAGUUGAGUUACAUGUAUUUGUGUCUUUUUACAAACUCCGGCUGUGGUCACUCUGAAACACAGCCUAGAUUUAUUUUACUGGUGUGCUCCUUGUAAUGUCCCAUCCAUACUGAUAAAAUGUAUUCUUGCAAAGAGAACUACCUGAUUUAAGACAGUCCUUAGUAUUUUAUUUUGUUAGAUGAAACCAAGACUCUAGAAUCUCGACUUUAGCACUUUAACAUUUAGUCGAGGAGAUGAAACCUCUUUGAAUAUUGCAGACAUUUCCUUCCAGUUUUUGCUCUCACUACACCAUCAACUGGGUGACUUUCCCUUCAGACACUUGUUGCAUGUUUGUCCUGUGAAUGUGCGACAUGAAAUGUGUUUAUUUCUAAAAGAAAAGAGCUACUUAACAGUGACUUCAUUAUUUUAUCACAUCAUUUUUUGAGACAUUAUCCAUCAAAAAUGUAACUUAAAAUCACCUUCACUAUUUUAUUUAUUUAUUGGUUCAUUUGA